AUGACAAAUGGUCUACACAACAAGGAGAUUACUUUUACGCCAAACAUUUACUUUGAAUUUAGUUAUAAAAUGAUCACGAGUGUGAAGCCUUCAAUAAGCAUUUGUUGUUACCUCAACCUAGUUUGGAUCAUCUUUGGAAAAUAUAGACUAGAUACUGUACGAGUAGGAGUACCGCUGUCUCUUGUAUCUAUUCCGGAUGGCAGGCAUCGUUUAUCAAAGGCCAUUUUAAUCGGUUUCGCUUGCAAAACUUUAGUUUUACGCGUAUACGCCUUAAUCGCCUCAGCCUCAGGAAUACGCUGGUGUGGAAGAUCACGCUUAAAAGCAGCCGUGACAAAAGUGCAAAAAAUGAAGCCGGCCGGGGUCGAACCCCUAAACCCCGCUUUUAAAGACCGACGCUCUUCCCCCUAUGCUAUAAUUCUGGCGGAGUCUCGUUUCAGCAGUGUAGUACAAGACACGACUAGUAUUUUUAAUACACGUGACUUUCACGUGACAUUCCGAGCUUUUCUAUGUGCACGCCUAAAAUGUGUUUUCAACCUAAACGGACGCCUUAAACACAUGUUUUUAGGCCAUAGAAAUGCGCUUUUACCUGUUUCGCACUUGUUUAAAUGCGUGACGAGAUGUUGUGUCACACGCAAUGGAAUGUUAAGGAAGCUUCAUAUCAUUAGCAAUGGUGUAUUCAUUCUUUCUGUUCUUGCAAUACCUAUUAUGACUGCGCUACCUCCUCAGUAUAGAGUAGAUUGA